GUUGCUAUGGGUGACAGCGGCGGCGCCCGUCUCCACACACAGUCCGCGGUGAGGACGUGAUCCCGGGCAGGGAUAGGCGGGGGCUCCGCGCUCAUUGGCCGGGGAGGAGGGCCGGGCAGUCCCGGGAUGACAGCUCAGGGUCCCGGGCGGUGAUUACUAUUGGCCGGGGCUCCUGGCCUCCUCCCCCGGCCCUCCCCGGCCUGUUCAUACACACUGCGGGCUCCAGUGAUCUCCACAUCCCCGGCGCUAUGGUGAAGAUUGAGAUCGUGAAGACCAAGCCCUACCCGGACCAGAAGCCGGGCACCAGCGGCCUCAGGAAGCGGGUCACCGUGUUCCAGAACAACCCGAACUAUGCGCACAACUUCAUCCAGAGCAUCAUCUCCUGCACCGAGCCCGAGGAGCGGCAGGACGGGGCCCUGGUGGUCGGGGGGGACGGACGCUUCUACAUGAAGGAGGCCAUCCAGACCAUCAUCCAGAUCGCCGCCGCCAACGGGAUUGGUCGUCUGGUCAUUGGGCAGAACGGCAUCUUGUCCACUCCGGCCGUGUCCUGCAUCAUCCGCAAAAUCAAAGCUAUUGGUGGAAUAAUCCUGACGGCCAGUCACAACCCCGGGGGCCCCAACGGAGACUUUGGCAUUAAAUACAACACUUCCAAUGGAGGCCCUGCAACCGAAGCUAUCACUGAUAAAAUCUUCCAGCUCAGUAAGACCAUCGAGGAAUUCGCCAUCUGCCCCGACCUCCAUGUUGACCUGGCCACCAUCGGGAAGCAGCAGUUCGAUCUGGAGAAUAAGUUUAAACCAUUUACAGUGGAGAUUGUGGACUCCGUAGAGGCGUACGCUAACAUGCUGCGGAACAUCUUCGACUUCAGUGCCUUAAAAGAACUGCUGUCAGGUCAGAACAGGCUGCACAUCCGGAUUGACUCCAUGCAUGGAGUUGUUGGACCCUAUGUAAAAAAGAUUCUUUGUGAGGAGCUUGGUGCCCCUGCAAACUCUGCAUUAAACUCCACCCCACUGGAGGAUUUUGGGGGAAAACAUCCUGAUCCAAACUUAACUUAUGCAUCCGAAUUGGUAGAGAUAAUGAAGAGCGGAGAACAUGACUUUGGCGCAGCCUUUGAUGGAGAUGGGGACCGGAACAUGAUUCUUGGCAAAAACGCCUUCUUUGUUAACCCAUCGGACUCUGUGGCUGUAAUUGCAGCGAAUAUUUUUAGUAUUCCAUACUUCCAGCAGACGGGUGUUCGUGGAUUUGCCAGGAGCAUGCCAACCAGUGGAGCGCUGGACAGAGUGGCAAAAGCUACAAAGAUCGCUUUAUACGAGACCCCCACCGGGUGGAAAUUCUUUGGAAAUUUAAUGGAUGCAAAUAAACUCUCGCUGUGCGGAGAGGAAAGCUUCGGAACCGGGUCGGAUCACAUCAGGGAAAAGGACGGAUUGUGGGCUGUUCUCGCCUGGUUAUCCAUCAUUGCUACACGGAAACAGAGCGUAGAAGUCAUCCUGAAAGAUCACUGGCAAAAAUACGGACGUAAUUUCUUCACCAGAUACGACUAUGAAGAAGUUGAUUCAGAUGGAGCCAACAAAAUGAUGAAGGACCUGGAGGCCAUCAUGUUUGAUCGCUCCUUUAUUGGGCAGAAGUUCUCUGUGGGGGAUAAAGUUUACACGGUGGACAAAGCUGAUAACUUUGAGUACAGCGAUCCAGUGGAUGGAAGUAUCUCAAGGAACCAGGGCUUAAGGAUCAUCUUUACCGAUGGCUCCCGCAUCAUCUACAGACUGAGCGGCACCGGCAGCGCCGGAGCAACUAUUCGGCUGUAUAUAGACAGCUACGAGAAGGACAUCCCCAAAAUAUACGAGGACCCUCAGGACAUGUUGGCCCCCCUGGUCACCAUUGCACUGAAACUCUCCAAACUAGAGGAGCGGACGGGCCGCACAGCCCCCACGGUCAUCACAUAAAACUACGCGUUCAGUCUCAUCCUCAGAAGUCUAUUAUUUUUGUGUAGAGUCUCUCUCUCUCUCUCUAUAUAUAUAUAUAUAUAUAUAUAUAUAUAUAUAUAUAUGUCCCCAUAGUCUCCAUGUCCUCAUGUCGGUCACAAUCGUGUAUGUACCAGAGAUGGAGAGCGGGAAGAGUAAAAGCGAUUGGAAACGGA